GGUUGAUCUCCCCUCAACGGCAAACCAGCGCUGCUAACGCGAGAGGACGAGGGGCGGGCCGCUUGAAAACAAACCAAUGGGGGAGAGCCGGCAGGGUGACGUAAGCGGGAGGCGUGGCUUCGUGGCGGUGCCGCCGUGAGGGCAGCGACUAUGGAGAAGGCGGCGGCGGGAGGCGGAGCGGAGCCUCCGGGCCGGAGGGAGGCCGCGACGCUGCCCGGGCCCAGCAGAGACACGGUGCGUGGCCGGCGGGCCUUUCCUCUCCUCUGGGCGGGUGGGCUGCUCCUGGCCAGGGAGGCUCUACUGCCGGCUGCCCUGCUUGGAAGCGGGGCGAGGGGGGCCGCCUGACGGGGUUUUCGGGGGUCGCGUAGAUGACCUGCGGGGUCCCCUUCCAACUGCCUCAGACGCGCGAGCUGGACGUUGGAGGAGUCCCGAGGGAUGGAAGGAGCGAGUUCUUUUCGCGGCGCAGCUAAACUGCGGAACUCCCUCCCGCAGGAGGGUGAAAGGGCUUCGUGGAGAAGAAGCAAGCCUGUCCCACCGCUGGCCCUGAUGGAGGCUGUGCUCUGCCUCCUUGGGCCCAGGGAGCCGCAGGAAGGGAGUGUUGCUCUUGGGCUGAUGAUAAUAAUAAUAAUUUAACAACAACAACAACAAUAAUAUUAAUAAUAUUUAUACCCCUCCCAUCUGCCUGGGUUUCCCAACAACAACAAUAAUAAUAUUAAUAAUAUUUAUACCCCUCCCAUCUGCCUGGGUUUCCCCAGCCACUCUGGGCGGCUUCCAGCAAAAUAUUAAAAUACAGUAGUCCAUCAAACAUUAAAAGCUUCCCUAAACAGGGCUGCCUUCAGAUGUCUUCUAAAAGUCUGGUAGUUAUUUUUCUCUUUGACAUCUGGUGGGAGGGCGUUCCACAGGGCGGGUGCCACUACCGAGAAGGCCCUCUGCCUGGUUCCCUGUAACUUGGCUUCUCACAGUGAGGGAACCGCCAGAAGGCCUUUGGAGCUGGACCUCAGUGUCCGGGCAGAACGAUGGGAGUGGAGAUGCUCCUUCAGGUAUUCUGGGAACAGGAGGCUGAACUGGAUGGGCCCCCUUUGGCCUGAUCCAGCAGCCAGGCUCUUCUUAAGCCCUCUUCUUGCCCGCUGGAUCAGAGCAAAGGCACCUGCUCUGAGGACGGAAGCUGUGGCCAGCAGAAAUGCCAGUUUUGCCCGUCAUGGCUAGAAGGUCUUAAGAUGGGAGGUGUUCCAUGUGAUGGGGCUCAGGUCUUUGUAAAAGGGGAUUCUGAAAGUUGAGGUCCUGAAACAAACCCCCCCCCCCAUCUCAUAUAUACCUCCAUAUAGGCUGAAGGUCCUGUUAUGAGAGAAUGUUGAAUUUGGACAUCAUGAUUAUUAUUAUUUUGCGGGCAGGGGGUGCAUGGGUGGGUUGCUAGCUAGUCAGGUGUUCAUCAGCAGAGUGCUCCCGAUUCAGAAUACUAGCCACUCUGUAACUUCCUGCCCCGGGUUUCUUUCCCCCUGCUAAUAGUCCCAUCAACAUUCUGCAUCCACGGCAGUCCUGCUGAUACCUGUUCCUUGUAAAUGGAUGGUGCUGUUUUGGCUACCUAAUGGCUCUCACAGCCUGAACCUUGGAAAUCGGGGGGGAUUCAUAUAGUAUAUUUGUUGUUGUUUUGUACUUUCUGUCUCCCUUUUUGGGCAACACCUGAAAGUGCAUCUUGCAGUAAAUGAAACAGGCAUGUGUUUGAUAUGGGGCCAAUGAUGAAAUAAGUAAAAAACUGGGCAUCAAUAGAAGGCAGGAAAGCUCCCCUGCUUUGGACUGUGUUGUCUUUCAGGUAUAAUGGCUGUCAAAUGUCUCCUUCUGACAGGGGCAGAGGGACAAGAAGAGGACAAGCAGGGAAACACCAGUGGAGAAAAGGGGGCCGUACCUCAUGAGCAAAACUCCUUCCAUUCAGGAUAAGCUACGUAAGUCAGGACUGGAAUCUACGUUACAUGAGGGCACAGCCUUCACAAGUAAGUGGGCUCACUGCUUGAGGAGCAAGGGAAGAGCCCUGCUUAGUUGGACUGCAGGCCCACCUAGCUCAGUGUCUUCUUCCCACAGUGGCCAGUAAGAUGCCCACAGGAAGCCCAUAAGCGGUUCAUUUGAACAGUAGCACCAUUCCCACUCGUGUUCCUCAACAACUGGGGUAUUCAGAGCAUUGAGACGGGGAUGAGUCACCCCUUGCAUGGUCAAUUUAGAGACAUUUGUGAAUUUGGAGACAUUUAGGUCAAUUGUGAAUUUAGAGACAUUUAGGUCAAUUGUGAGCCAGGGUGGUGUAAUGGUUAAGAGUCGUGGACUUGUAAUCUGGUGAACCGGGUUUGAUUCCCCGCUCCUCCACAUGCAGCUGCUGGGUGACCUUGGGCUAGUCACACUUCUUUGAAGUCUCUCAGCCCCACUCACCUCACAGAGUGUUUGCUGUGGGGAGGAAGGGAAAGGAGAAUGUUAGCCGCUUUGAGACUCCUUCAGGUACUGAUAAAGCGGGAUAUCAAAUCCAAAUCAAAUCAAACAUUAGUUUUGCUUUCAGCAGACAAUAGUUUGUAGUUAGUGUGUGUGUCCCCAAGAUGCUGUGGCACCUUGAGGGCAUCCCUGCUUUGACUCCGGUUACCUUCUGCAGAUCCCACUUUGCCUCAGAGAAUCUGUCUGAAAUAUCCCACUUUUUUCAUGAUUUGACCAAAGCCUCCACACGUCUCUAGUUGGGACUAAAUUGCUGUUAGCAACAACAAUAAUACAACACCUGCUUACUGUCAGCCAUGUACAGCCAUGAAAGAAGUGACAAUGUAGGCAGGAGAAGUGACGGCAAUUGUUCCUGCUUGAGCUUCAUUGUGGAGGAGCAGGGGUGGAGCGUUCCUGUGGCCUCAACAAUGGGAGAUGUAGCCCAACAACAUCUGAAGGGGCACAGGCUCCCUAGCCAUCCAGCAGGGUACAGAUAUGGGGGUGGGAUGUCAAAGGGUUUCAUGGAUUAUUUUCUAUGGAAAUUACUGACUUAACUAGGAAGGCAGAAAUAGUUGUGGUUUCUUCACUACUGAGCAGAAAGUGCUGCAGGAAGAAGGCAAGGCAAUGACGUGGAGGAUAAGACUCGUCCAUGCUUACCAGCCACAAUAACUAGGUGCUCCCCCCACUGUCUGAGAUAGGAAGCCUCUUUAUGCCAGUUGCUGGAGAGAGUAUUGUUACGCUCAGGUUAUGCAUGUGGGUUUCCCACUGAGGCAUCUAGUUGGCCAACGUGAGGACAGGAUGCUGGACUGGAUGGGCCCUUUUUGGCCUGAUCCAGCUGCAGGUCUUUUAUGUUCUACACCCCAUCCUACACCUUUUUUGCUUUUUUGCAACACCAGCAACACCUGAAUGUUUGCUGCAGGGGUGGGAACCCCUGGGACUUCCCCAAGAUGGCUUGCACAGCAUAGUUGCCACGCCAACCCACUUUAAUAGAUGGCAAACCCCUGAGAGUGUGUUUUGGCAUCUCCUGGGCAACCAGAGGAUUCAGAUGAUUCAUGUCCUGUGCAGGCAGCCUUUCCCCAGAGUGGGUUUUUCUGCUGUCCUUUUGCAGUAAAUAUUUGUCUGAACUUGCCCCACAGGCAGCAGUUGGCUGGUGGGGUGUGGUUUAUGGGAGCAAAUAUUCAUUGAGUUUGCCUUGGUCAUUUUGGGGGCUGCAGAGAAACAUCGUGAGAUGGCAAAGGCGAUGCUGCGGAGGAAGGGAGGCGCAUUCUCAGGAGCCGUCCGGCACCAGCCCAAGCUACCAGUCAAGAGGUCCAGUCCAUUUUCUUACUGUUUGGGGGGAUUUGGGGCUUUUUUGUGAGUUCAGUGACCCUUAACAAGUCCACAUGUGUUAGGUUAGGCUGCUAACGUUGGUGUCCUGCUAACCUAAUCUAGCGCUCUCUCUACUGCUCCCCUUGAUGGGGUGAAUUCAGAAAAGCAGCCAAAGGCCUCCAGAAAUGGCACAAUUUAAGAGAUGGGCCGGUGCAGCUCAGAGGUAGAAACUCUUGCGUUGCAGGAAGGUGGUGCCAGGUUCAGUCCACAAGAUCUCCAGGUGGGGCUGGGAGACACUCCUGUCUGAAAGUGGAGAGCUUGGGCAGGGGACCCCAGGCUUGGGCCAACAGUCCUCUUUCUUUGGCCUGCCAAGCCUUUUGGGACAAGCUGCACUCACCUGGCAUCAUACUGCUGGGUGUCAGGAGCUUCUGAAGCUUUGAACCAAGCAGGAUUGUAUUUCUGCAAAUCAGCUGAUAUGCCGAGUUCAAUCCUGCUUGGUGCAGAGCACAAACGGUCUCACUUGGUUGAGGUAGCUUCCUCUGUCCCCAUUGUUGAAAAGUCAGCCUUGACUGCAGGAUUCAGCUUUGAAUGAUUUGAAAUGUGCUUCCAGAAUACGUAGAUAAAGAACCUGACUUUUUUGCCAAAAGCCACAUCAGGUUUGUCCAGUUGAGACAGUGACUUGCCCAAGGCCAUCUUCUGCCUGAGUGACACCCUGUCCUUUGCACCAACACCCUUCCCUUCACCUUCCCCCACUCUCAGGUGCUUCAUAUUGGUUUUUGCCUCUUUCUCUAGGUCAGUGAAGUUCAACAAGGGCUAUGCUGCCCUCAGCCAGAUCUCAGAUGAAACCCUGGUGUCCCUGGACUCUGACAGGUGAGGGGUGAGUGGGACCUGCUUGCUGAUUGUGGGUAGGAAAGGCCAAAAAGGUUUGAGCAUUGCCACCAAUUUUAAAUGGCUCUAAAAAGGAGUGUUCGCAAAGAGGAUCAGUCUGUGAACGGGAUACCAGUCACAGUAGCCCUGUAGAGCUUCCAAUUUCAGAAGCCGUCUUCCCCUGAAGAUAUGGGGGAGCAAUGGCAGGAGUCAGCAUUGCUUGUGGGCUUCCCAGAAGCAUCUGGUUGGCUGCUCUGGGAAUAGGUUGCUGGACUAGUCUGAUCCAGCAGGGUCAUUUUAUGUUCUUAUGGGAGACAAACUUCCUCUCAUGUCACAAAACCCUAUUCAUUCUUAGCAGAGAACUGGGAGCCGGAAGUGUGCUGGAAAUACCCUUUCAGUUUGUGCUGACCCUUGGUGUUUUUCUCUCCUAGUGAUGAGGAGCUGGAAUCAAGAUGUUCCUCCGGUUACUCCUCUGCAGAGGCAAGUCUGGUGCAUGGCUUGCUCCUUACAAGCAUUGAAAUUGACCUGCAGGUGGUGGGGUUUGUCUGCCUGUCUGUUUGACCUUCUGAUGGUUAGUGAGCAAAGGCUUUUAUGGCAGGUGGGGGUGGGGUGCAAGAUGAACCACAGAUGCUCAUGUUGCCUGCUCAUUAAUCUUGGGGUGCAAAGACCUUCCAGAUGCUGUCAGCCUCCAUCUCUAGCCAGCCAGUCGCCAGGGAUGGGAGAGCGUGUAGUUUGGGAGCCCUUUCUUACAUGCAAUGUCUAUGUGUGCAUGUGUCCCAGUAAGCAUGUUGUGACUGACCAUGAGUGAGGAAAUGUAGGCACAUGGAAGUGUGUGCGCACACCUGCAUUUUCUCACUCGCAUGCUUGCUAGGAAGGAGAGCUCUCCAGGCCUUUCUUCCUGUCCAAUCCUAUAAGGGGACACAGUUCUGAAUAGAUAAGCGUAGGAAUAUGCUCUUAAGUAUUCUUAGGAUUUGAAAAAAACAACCAUAAUUAAAAUGCACAAUAAAAGAAAACAGUGAAGAAGCAUAGCAAGUAAAACAGUGGGGUAAAAGCAGUCAAGGUAUUUAGAUCAGGAAGUUCAAGUUCAGGAGAAUGCUUGCCUCAACCGGCGUGUCUUCAAGAGCCAGCAGAAUGCCACUACAGUACUGAUGGGGCUCUCAUAUUUCUGCAUGGAGCGCAAUGCAAGUCACUGAUUCCAUCAGUGGAAAACCCUGCCUCCGUGUUACCACAAACCGAUAACCAGCAGGCCGUGUCUAAUUCCAUAGUCCCCCAGCAGGUGUUUUCAGCUUGUCCCUCCUCUUCCGUCUCAGGUCAACCAGGAUCUCAGCCGCCAGCUGCUGCAAGAUGGGUAUCGCCUCGAUGAAAUCCCAGACGACGAGGACCUUGACCUCAUCCCUCCCAAGCCUGUGUCAUCCUCACCAUGUCCCUGCUGCUUUGGGGAGUCUGCCUCCUGCUCCAUCCAGUAAGGAUCCAAAGAGCAGGGCUGCACUGCACAGGUCAAGAACCCAGCACUUUCCCCCCUUCCUUUCAGACGCCUGGAGGUCCAGCAGUGGCGAUGGAGUCUGGCACCGAGCCUUGACCAAGCCGAUAGGGAGCAGGAAGAGGGUGCUUUGGUGGCUGGGAAAGCGGGGUGCACCGUUGCCCUGCUCGCACUUGCCCAGGCACCAACCAGCCUCUUGAAGCUCUUUUCUGUGGUGCACAUACAAGACUGUUCAGUGGAAGCCCUUGGAAGGCUCUGAGCCAGCUGGCUCCCUUGCCUGGGAAUGCCUUUGGAGAAAGAUGCAGAUGGGAGAAGAGGACAGGGCAAGUGUUUUCCUCCUUAAAGGCAAACUGCCAAGAUUUUUUUGUGAAAGGGAAUGAAGAAUGGACUAGGACAAGUUUAAACUUUAGUUUACAAAAAUUACGAUUGGGGGAAAAAAGCACAGCAAUCACUACAUCGCGUCAAACAGAUUUUCCUCACUUGCUCAGGAUCCUUUCCUGGACUCCAGUGCUUGAGCCACAAUCUCCUGCGGUCCUUGUAGAGCUGGACUAUGAUGUUGUUAUGCGGAUUUCUGGGAUGGAGAAGCUCCUCUAUCAAGCUGCAUGGAUGGAGCGCCGCCUGCUAGCUCCUCGCAGUCUCUUGAACCCUCUGCUGGCUUUGCUGCCUGGAAGCUGCUGCUCUCACCCCUUUCCCUUGAGGAGCUUUCAAAACAGUUUCACCAGCUGCUGCAUCGUCUCAAAUUGACCCUCAGCAUUAAGUCUUGGCCUGGUGAAAAAUGGACCUACUGCACCUUUUUUCUUGGUGUGGGAGGGAGGUGAAUCCCCCCCCUCCCACAGAUAGAGGGGAAGGGUUCACUUGCCUUGCCUUGGAGGCUGGUCCUCCCUGGCAAAAGGGCCAACAAAUCUGACAUCCCUGGCUCCGGAUGAGAAUCCUGGUUAGUUUAGGUCAUGGCUGCCUCACUUUGACUGGGGAGCUGGUGCUGAUUCAGACAUGCUUGCGCCUCUCCCCUACCCUCUUCCGAAGUGAAUAGAGACCAAGCAGAGGAGGAAGGCUAAGGUGCUAGCGCCCAUAGCCUCAUUUCUGUUGCCUGCCUUUGUGUGAUGAGGGGUCUAGACCAGGUGUGGCUCCAAGCGCCAUCCAAGUGCUGCUGUUGGACUUCAGCUCCCAUCUUCCCUGACUGUUGGCCCUGCUGUCUGGGGUUGAUGGGAUAUGGAGUCUCCACAGGCCACAGGUCUCCCAUCCCUGCAUCAGUUCCUGUUAUUCUGACUUAAUUUCCCCAUAAUUAGAAUCGGCUUAUGCAGCCUCCUUUUGAUUUCAAGCAGUGCAUAGUGUGUUUUCCAUGCACACUAAGUGACAGCUUGUGAGCAAGAGCUGCGAUCUAGCCUUUCUGAUUCGCUAGCACCAGCUGUGGUUCACUUUAUGUGGCAGUUGUGGAGAAUAGGGAGGGGAGGAAUUGCCAGCAUUUGUGAGUGUUGCUUUGUGAGGUACCCUGCUAGCAUGCAAGUUGGGGCCAUGAUCUCCCCUCCACCUGGUGCUUUCCAGUUGUGCUGGUGCUUUCAGCCCAAGCAUGGCCAGUGAUUAAGGAUGAUGGGAGUUACGGUCCAGCAACACCUGGAAGGCACUAGGUUGGGGGAGGAAGAUGUGCCCUGUAUAUUUGGGCAGCCUCACUGAGUAAUAAAUCCGUAUGAAUGGUACCCCCCUUAGCUGCCUUGGUCUGGGGACCAUAGCAGGCUAUUACCUCUGCCGUCUAAACUGAAGCUUUAGUAGCAAGAGAUCCAGAGGUCUCUGAAGGCACUAACACAACUUGAGCAAGAUGCCACUGCACUGUUGUCCUCUGUUACUGUAAGCAGCUAAAAGUGGCGGCUGCUACCCCCACCCCCACCCCCCAUUUCCUGGAAAACUUGCCAAUAGGGAUGAGAUAGUCUUGCCCUACUUGGCAGACUUGAUCCUAAACUGGAGUUCUCUCUGCUCUGCUUAGCUGUUCCCAGGUGAGUGGCACCCAGGAGGCCAUUUCCAGUUGGGUAUAUGUGUUUUGUUAGAAUUAUUCGUCAAGAUAGGCCACGUGGCAGGCCAUAACACAGGCCAGUGUUUACUCACUGGGGAACAUGCUUAGCAAGAGGCAGGCAAGUGAACUCUGCACUUUCCAGCCCUCCGGUAGAGACUUGGUUGCUGGUGCAGCCACUAGAUUACAUAGGCAACUUUUCCCACCCCCAGCUGCCUUUCAUUUUCUAUAUUUAUUUGUGCUGCCUGCAGCAUCCUCUGCCUGCAAAUCCUCUGGAGACAACUUCUCCAUGGUAAAAGGUUGAUGUUCCUGGACAGGUUCGAGCUGUUCAGUCCUAGUUGCAGUAAGCUUUUAAUAGUGUGUAACGUUAGAUGAGGUGGACAGUGGAGAGCCAGGACACUAGUAGACCUGUAGAGAGAAAACUGCCGGCUUUCUGCUGCAAAAUAAGCUUGGCAGGCUGACAGUGUUGUGUAUGUUGGGGUUUCAGGGUGGAAAAAGGAGUUCAGUGACUGUGUCCUAUAGAGUGUUUAAAAAGCUGCCUUAAAAUAUUGAAAUGCAUUAAAUGAAGUGAAAUUGAAACACAAACCAACCUUGAAAGGCACAGAGGACAAUCUUAUUGGAUAUUAAUGUUAUUGUAUAUGCAGAGAACUAUUUAGCAAAUAGUUUUAUAUAUAUACUGAGCAAGGGAAGUGUGCAUUAAUAAAACUCUACCUUGUAUUCACAAGGCUUGGA